AUGAUAAGAAAACUGUACCAGACGUAUAAUUAUAAGCUGAGGAAUAUAUUCAAGAAGAUAACAUUUGAGCUUUUGAAGUCGGUAAAAAGCCCAACGAUACGGUCAAUAGUGUCAAUAAUAACAGCAAUCAGUGCAAUUAACCCGUUUUCAGUGUGUACACUAAUAAUCAGACAGUCUGAGCUGUUUAACAAUUUACUCCUACCACUGUGUGAGCUGACGAAGUAUUUUCUAUCAUACACAAUUGAUAUUUUCGUAUAUCAACUCACGAUAAACUUGAUACACUUGACAAAUAAUCCCACAGCCUCCAGUAGUAGGGAUACUAGUCCUAAAUCUAGUGACGCUAAGAAAGAGUAUAGUCUUAGUGAUAAUAGGCUAGAUCACAGCUAUAACUUGAAUGAGGAGGAGAGUAAUAAGAUGUACUUAAACAGUGUAAUAUUGUGUAAAAUAUAUAAAAGACACUCAGAAUGUGAUAUUAUACCCAUUGUGACAAUCUUAAUUCUGAUACUAAAUUACUCAAUGUCAAAUCGCUUAACACUAUGUCCAUCAACCGAAGGGCAACCAGAUGUUCCAGAUCCAAAAAACUUAAAAUCAAAGUUGGAUAAUGAAGAUCUGGUAAAGUUGGAAAUCACAGGGAUAUGUAUUGGAAACUAUUAUAACGUAAUAUUUGUAAUUUACAAUGUGUUGGAUUAUUUGAUUAGAUUAAUUGAAAUAAUUGGAGGGAUGGUAGACGUGGACAUGAAUAAGAUGACACAGGAACAACUUCUGUGUCAAUGUGGAAGUUACUCUCUAAAAAAUGAAUGCUUAGUGAGUAACGUGGAUGAUGAAGUGGUAUCAGUAAAUAAUAAGAAAUCCCUAGUAAAAGUAGUUUGUAGACCAUUUUUCGUUAAUUCACUUCUGCUGAUACUGGGGAGACUUAUUAAUGAAUUGCUGUAUGAUAGUAAUUUUACCAAUUCUAAACUACUAUUGGCAAUUGUUGACAAGUUUAACAACUUAGUAAUUCUGCUGAUUAACUUUUUGGAGAUUAAUGAACAAACGCAUUUGUUACCCAGUAAGGAACUGCUGUUAAAGUAUUAUACUGAAAAUCACCUACAGUUUAUGAAUACAGUAAAGGCUGUGAAAGAACCAGGUGAAUUAACUACAGAUUCACAGUCAACUUCAAGUUUAAAGAGGAAAAGAAUGGAAUUCACAACCAACUCAGUGGACACAAUGUUGGAUGACAACUUUGUAGGAUUUAUAAACAGCUUGAGUAUUUAUGAUAUUUACUCUCCAACAGAACAGUAUGACACUUAUGUUUCUAAGUUAACUUCAUUUCUAUCGACAAUAACAACGGCUGGUGCCGGUAAUACCUUCAGACGAGCCAAGAGGAUAAAGAACAGGAUAACCACACUAGAAACUGAUAAAGAAGAACAUUUAACCCAUUCAAACGUGGUUUUGGAGAGGUUGAAGGAAGUUUUCAAGUCGUUUGUGAAGAAUGAUGCCAAGGUCGGACCACAUAUUACAACCAGGUUCAUAAGUAGAAUUGUGUUCUCAAGACUAUUAGUGUCAGAGUUAAACGCACUAUUCUGUUGUAAGAUUGUGGAUUUGAUAAUGGAGAAUAAGAUGAACUACUUUAACUACUUUGAUUUCGUCAACUGCUACACCAAGAUGCUCAUACCGAUGAUUAGCAGUUUGACAGAACGUGAGGUCAUUAACCUCUCAAUCUUCUUUAAUCACUCAUUUCACCUUAUUAAGGGCUGGGUGAACAAUAGAGAAGCUUUUGAAAAAUUGGUGUACGAUAAUCCUUGUUUCUGCACCACUUUCAAGUUCCAACCAAACAGAGAAUUCAAGUACCAACAACUCCUACAAGUUAUUAAAAAGUGGGAAUACUUCAUACUACUCUCAAUUUUCUCAAUUAAUAAACCUCCCACUAGUACCAAUAGUGCUAAUAGUGCUAAUAGUGCUAAUAGUACUACUAGUGCCAGUAGUGUGAAGGAUGAUAAGGGUAGGGUUGGUGAUUUAAAAAAUUCAGCAGAGAGUGAGAUGGCAUCGGAGCCGGAGAGUGUAUUACCACAGAAGCGAAGUUGGAUAGAAAUAAAAAAUGUAGUAAUCUUCUUAAAUAAAGUGUCGAGUAACUUCCCGAUUACGGUAAAUUCAAGUUUAAAGGUGUUGAAUUUCCUGAAAAACGUGUUAAAACUUGCCAAACAGAAUAAUUGGCAAGAUGUGACAGUGCCAUCCAAUACGCUAAUUAAGUUAAUUCAGAUGUACCAGAAUCAAAAUAAAUACAUCGUAAUUAAUAUUCCCGCCACUCCGUCAAGUAAUCCCGCUUCUAAUCCUGUCACCACUCCAAGCACUCCCGUUAAUGUCCCGUCUAAGAAUCCAACUUCCAAGGAAACAUCGCCGAGAAAUCCAAUGUCUAAGGAAACUUCACCUAGAAGUGGUCCUGACAAGGAAACUUCCCUGAAAAGUGUUAGUUCCAAGGAAACUUCACCAAAGACUGGCUCUAAAGAAUCUUCACCCAAAACGGGUAAUUCUAAGGAGACAUCGCCUAGAAAUGCUCCCGUGAAGGAAUCUGUGAAAUCGUCGAGUAGAACGUCAAUUACACAUGGAACUGAUAAAAGGUAA